GACCGUCUCCACUUCCGCCGCCUGCUGCCAUACUUCCAGUCGGCCUUUCUGCUUGUUCCUGUAAGACAUCUGCGUGCGCAAGAUGUCUGCCCCUGAGGAGGAUGUCAAUCCAUACGAACUUCUGGAGUUGUCGAUUGAGGCGUCGGAACAAGAAAUCCGGACGGCAUAUCGACAAAGGUCCUUGAAAGUCCAUCCAGACAGGAACCGAGGUAAUCCAGACGCAGCUCGCAAGUUCCAUGAAUUGUAUCAAGCGCAAGAGCUCCUGCUUGACCCGCUCCGGCGGAUGGCUUUGGACGCCAAGUUGCGCCUCAAAGAAGCCCGAAAGGCACGGUUCUCCCAAUAUGACAAUAAGAGAAAGAACUUGGUUGAAGAACUGGAGGAGCGGGAGAGGGCGUUCAAGAAGGCACGAACGGAAACUGAGGCUCAGAAGAAGGAACGGUGGAGAGAGAACGAGCGUAUCAUGGAGGAAGGCAGGCGUCUGCGGGAAGACCGAGAGAAAGAGCUGCAGAAGAAGGAACGUGAGCGCGAGGAGCUUGGGCAGAGCGCUCGCUCAGAGCUGGAACCUCCGUCAUUAGGUCCACUCGACACCACGAUCCGCGUCAAGUACACCCUCACCUCCCAUCCAUCACUCACUUCUGCGGCAAGUAUCAGCGCUCUCCUCACGCCUUUUGGCGCACUCGACGAGUCGUCCAUUGUUCUCUCGUUGAAACCUGCACCACCCAAGAAACCAAAACGUGGCACAGCUCUCGUGCCGUUCAAGCAAAUCGUGGGCGCAUUCGGUGCGGUCGGUGCGAGUGGACGCGCGGAGAAUGGUCUAGCCGAUAUUGAGGUUGAUUGGGCGGAGGGAAAGGAACCCGAGCUGAUAGGAUGGCUGAAGAAGAUGGGGAAGUUGGGCGGUGGGUCGUCUGGAAGUUCUAACCAGCCACCGACGGCCAAUAGUGGAACGAAAGCGGCUACCGCCCAGACGCCGCUGUCAUCUGACUACAAGGCGACAAAUUCACCACAUACUCAGGCUCCUUCAACAUCAGCUUUCGCCUCGUUCCCGUCUACCUUCCCGGACUUCAACGUCAUCCCUCAGGCGCCGACCGCGUCUACAGAUGUCCCAGGGAUAGAUUAUGAGUCAAUGACGCUGCUGCGCAUGCGUCAGGCAGAGCGGGAACGGAUCGAACGCGAGAUACGAGAGCAAGAAGCUCAAGAGGGAUAAUCGUGUUUGGUGAGGAGCCACCCACGAUCGGGUUCACGCCGCAUUGUUGUAUAAUCUUUACGAGAGCAUCAAAGCUCACUUUUUAUGUUCACCCAGAAGCAGC